AUGUGGGCAGUCUUCUUGUGCUAUUUAUUAGCUGAAGCUAAGACGUAUCCCAUGCAAGGUUGGCCUGUAUACGCGCAUGAACCCAGGGAUUAUAAUGAAGACGAUUAUUACUAUGCUCCGAAAGUUCAAUAUUACUAUGACACUCCCGCUGUCAAUCCACCUGAAGUGUACGGACAAGUUCCCUAUGGAUACAUGUAUGAUCCCUACGGUCAUUACUCGAAGGAUAUGCCAAAGAUAGACGAAGAAAGAUUUUCCGCUUUACCAAUCGGCCAGGAGACAUGGUAUGAAGGUGAAACCAACCCCCGCUGGAGAUCCAAUAACGAAAUUGAUGACGUCAAUGCAGCUUUCUUAGACAACCUAAUACUUACGCAAAUGGCGAGAGACGCACAGAGGCGGCGGGAAAAUGCCAGAGCAGCUUUCUCCAAUAUCGAUUACGAAGAUAAAGAAAAUGAAGACGAAGACGUCCGAGAAUUAAAAGCGCUGGCCGGAAAACCUCUGUACCAUGGCCCAAAAACUGUACCAACAUUCGAUGAUGAGGAUGACAACGAAGACUAUGACGCUGAAGAUGCCGAAGGAUUCAUUAACUGGAAUGGGAACAAGAGAAGCAUAACUACCGAAGCUCCUAAGAAAUCGACUACGAAAGCACCCGUUGUGCAAACUGCGGGUCAAAAAGAAAUCGUCAUGCCUCGCCCAGCACAAAAUACUCAUCAUCAAAUGAAGUUAGAUCAAACCAAACGAAACAUGCCACUGUACGACGCCAUUGUUCGAUUGGAGGAAAAUGUUAAACACGACUCAACGAAGCCGAGAAGAAUCGGCAAGCGCUUUGUAGCGAGUGAUUCAGAUCUUGUCGUCGAACUCAGGGGCUUAAAACACCGUAUGGCAACAUAA